AUGGAGAAAGGGGCGCCCUUUGGCCUGCCUUGCCUGUGCGUGCUGUGGACCGCGGUGCUGUUGGAACUGCGCCCCUGCGGCGCCCACGGCAACUGGAUGUGGCUGGGCAUUGCCUCGGUUGGUGUCCCGGAAAAACUGGGUUGUGCCAACCUGCCUCUGAGUGGCCGCCAAAGAGACCUGUGCAAGAAGAAGCCCUCCCUGCUGCCCAGCAUCCAGGAAGGAGCACGCCUGGGCAUUCAGGAAUGCCGGAGUCAGUUCAGACAUGAGCGGUGGAACUGUUUACUUUCUCCAGAGACGGCCCCUUCGCUUUCCAGCAAUCCUUCGCCCAUCUCCAUGGCUCCUGCUUUCUCCAUCUUUGGCUACGAGCUGAGCAGUGGUACCAAAGAGACAGCCUUUAUCUAUGCAGUGACGGCGGCCGGCCUUGUGCACUCAGUGACUCAUUCCUGCAGUGCAGGGAAUAUGACUGAAUGCUCCUGUGAUAGCAUGCUGCAAAAUGGCGGCUCAGCCAGUGAAGGCUGGCACUGGGGUGGCUGCUCCGAUGACAUCCAGUAUGGCAUGUGGCUGAGCAGGAAGUUCUUAGAUGGCCCUACCAAGAACAUCACUGGAAAAGAUGGAAAUGGACUGAGAGCCAUGAACUUACAUAAUAAUGAAGCUGGGAGACUGGCUGUAGCAAAACUGAUGUCGGUAGAUUGCCGUUGUCAUGGUGUAUCUGGCUCUUGCGCUCUAAAAACGUGCUGGAAAACUAUGUCAUCCUUUGCCAAAGUUGGCAGCUUUUUAAAAGAGAAGUAUGAAAACAGCCUCCAGAUUUCAGACAGACUGAAUAAAAAGAUCCACAGGAAGGAAAAGAGGCAGCGAAAGAUCCCCAUCCGCAAAGAAGAUCUGCUGUACAUCAACAGGUCUCCCAACUACUGUGUUGAAGAUCGCAAACUUGGAGUCCCGGGGACGCAGGGAAGGGAAUGCAACCGUACUUCAGAGGGACCGGAUGGAUGCAACCUCCUCUGCUGUGGCCGGGGAUACAACACUCAUGUGGUCAGGCACGUGGAGAGAUGCGAGUGCAAGUUUGUUUGGUGUUGCUACGUGCGCUGUAGGAGAUGCGAGACCAUGACUGAUGUUCACACUUGCAAAUGAAAGUCUCUGCCUCAACAACUAAGAACCAUUCCUAGGCUUAUGCUAAGGAGAAGACUCAAGAUGCAGAGCAAUUGCCCAAGGUCCAAAAGGUUUGUUUUUUAAUUAAAAGAGCAACGCGGUGGUAAGGAGCAGUCCUGCACAAAAGCAACAAAUAGCGAAGGCUUGGAUCACCCGAAGGAUUUGCAGAAUUGGGUGGUACAUUGACUCGCUUUCUUUAUGGUGGUUAUGGACAUUCGGUGUUUUGAUCGGUUGCGUCAAGAGGAAUGCAGCGAUGUCUUAAGUCUUCACUGGACAUGCACAAUGGUCAAGGAAACCAAAAUUUUGACUUGAAUAUUCAGAGGCCAAUACAAUGCCCAGUCCUGUAUGCGAUGUGAAGCUCCUGUCCAUUUAGGACACUCGCUUAUAGAGGCCUUUGGAAGCAAAGCACAACCGAUGGCCAUGCAGCCAUUUGCUCGACAGCUCUAAUGUGGGGGGAAAGACUGAGAUGCCCAGUGGCAAACACAAUGGUUAACGAAGCAGAGCCAAAGAUGAGCUUAAUAGAUUUCUUGGGGGGGUGGAUCUGGAACUUGGCCAAGUGGU